GCAUCGAUCAAGCUCUGCAACUUCUCUCCCCUUCUCCAUUCACUCCUCCUUUUCAGCCUAAUUACUUGGCUGCCUAAGCUGCUUUCUGUCAUGAUGAGCCAGCCUGCAUCCAAUCCUUCUAAAUUGGGCGCGCAUUUAUCUCCCGGUCAAACCGGUACGAUGUCUGCAACAGACCCCGGAAAGGCUGAACUGUCGCUCCCAAAUGAGAAGGAACCUCGAGAAAGGACCGAUGGGAUUAUCGAGAAUGGGGCAACUGGAGUUCAGAAAGCCGAAGCGGUUGUGCUUGCAUGGAGCAAAAACACCGUGUGGGCCAUCUACGCUUGGAUUUGGGUCUGUUUUUUCAUGUUGGCGUUCCAUUCAUCGAUCGGUACCAACGUGAUUUUCAAUGCCUACGCCAAUUUCAAUACCGCCCCUCAAAUUUCGACCGCAGCGAUCCUAGCCACCGUUGUAGGUGGUGUAGUGAAGCUUCCCAUCGCUAAAAUCCUGAAUAUCUGGGGUCGAGCUGAGGCACUCACUAUCUUUACGGGACUGUUUUUGCUGGGGACAAUAAUUUUGGCGUCAUGCGAUGGGCCGAAUGGAUUUGCAGCGGGAUAUGUUCUGUAUUGGGUUGGCUACAACGCAAUCUACCUGAUCCUUGAUGUCUUCAUUGCUGAUACAUCGGGGUUGAGAAACCGGGCAUUUGCGUUUGCUUUUUCCAGUACGCCCUUCAUUUGCACGGCGUUCACCGGUCCAUUGGCUGCCCAGUCCUUUUUAGGUAUGACAACAUGGCGCUGGGCGUACGGAGCAUUUGCAAUCAUUUUCCCAUUUGUCUUUCUCCCCCUCGCUAUUGUGUUCAAGUUCUACGAGAUCAAGGCUAGGAAAUUGGGUUUGUAUCACAAAACGGAAAGCAACCGCACCUGGUCUCAAUCCGUUGUACAUUAUAUCGAUGAGUUCGACGCCGUCGGCGCCGCUCUGCUGAUGGCAACAUUUAUUUUGCUACUACUGCCGUUUAGUCUUGCAACCUAUGGACGAGCCGAUUACGGAUCUGCCACCUUCAUCGCUAUGCUAGUUGUUGGCUUCUGUCUGUUCUUUGUCUUUGUGGCUUGGGAAAAGUUCUGUGCUCGCAAGCAAUUUAUUCAAUACGAUUUGCUGAAGCAGCGGACUGUUCUCGGUGCCUGUGUACUAUCCGCGGUGCUCAACCUCGGCUACGCUGCUUGGGAUCUCUAUUUCGUCAAUUUUGUCAUGGUGGUGUACGACCUCAGUGUGUCGGAUGCAGGCUAUAUGAACCAGAUAUACAACGUUGGAUCUUGUUUCGUUGCACCCGUGUUUGGUAUUUACAUCCGACAAACAAGACAUUUCAAAAAUGCUUGUCUUUUCUUCGGUCUUCCCUUGAUGAUUCUUGGCUCAGGGUUGAUGAUUCACUUCCGUGGUCAAGAUGAUGGUAUUGGAUAUAUUGUCAUGUGUCAAAUCUUCAUCGCUUUUGCUGGUGGCAUGUUGGUCAUUGGACAGGACAUGGCGGUGAUGAGUGCAGCGGAUCAUGACGGGGUGCCAAUGAUGCUUUCUAUCCUUGGACUUUUCGCCAGUCUGGGUGGAGCUGCGGGAAACACCAUUGCCUCUGCCAUCUACACCAACGUUUUUCCAAGUACCUUGUUGGCUAACUUACCGGCAGAGGCACAGGCUGAUUGGUCAGAUAUAUACCUUGGAGGGUAUUUAAAGCAGAUGAAGUAUCCCAUGGGAUCAGACACUCGGACCGCUAUAAAUCUUGCCUGGGGCGAUAGCCAAAAGUAUAGCUGUAUUGCAACCACUGCUGUCGUGGCACUGGGUUUGCCUUGUAUUGCUAUCUGGAGAAAUGUGAAUGUCGACAAGAAGCAGGUCCCCGGCACUGUCCUUUAG